CUAGCUUUAUCUUUUACGUGUUGAAGAAAAGCAGGGACUUAAUAAUAAAGUUGGGAUUAGAAUAUUGAAAAGAAAUAGAAAACUGAGAGAUUCUCGCAAGUCGCAAGUGAUUUUGGUUCCUUUCUCGCUUUAGGAGAAUGAAGGCUCGCUUCUUUUGCUUUUUUCCACAUCUUCACACUCACUUUUAUGUUUAUGUUUUCUUGGUCAAGUGGUCUUUGGGUAAAUACUACUGCAUUGCAUAACGUUACAGACAAGGCGUCACACUCUGCAACCCCCUCUACUAUUAUCGUUCUUGUUUGAAUUUCCCAAAGACUCUAACCGACGAAAGUUUUCAUUUCGUGUGACUUCUCUCGUUUUCUACACCAUUUUCUUAUCAUUACCUUCACUUUCAUCAUCAUCAUCAUACUGUACUUCACUGAAAAAAGGAAAACUCAGACUGGGUUUGUAAAAUAUUCCUGUUUUACUUCUGUCCGGGUUCUGAAAGCUAGGGGUUAGUGAAGUAACGGAGAAUGGCCGGACGAGGUGCGGCACCACUACCAAAGCAGGACGAUCUUCAGCCACACCCAGUGAAAGAACAGCUUCCCCAUGUUUCUUACUGCCUUACAAGUCCUCCUCCUUGGCCGGAGGCUAUUCUACUGGGCUUCCAGCAUUACCUGGUCAUGCUGGGCACGACUGUUCUGAUACCUUCUUCUUUAGUUCCUCAAAUGGGGGGAGGCAAUGAAGAGAAAGCGAAAGUGAUUCAGACUCUACAGUUCGUGGCUGGCAUAAACACAUUAUUCCAGACAAUUUUUGGGACUCGUCUGCCUGCGAUUAUUGGAGGAUCCUACACCUUUGUCCCUGCUACCAUUUCAAUCAUUCUAGCGGGUCGCUACAGUGAUACUGUGGACCCUAACGAGAAAUUUGAGAAGAUAAUGAGAGCAACACAAGGUGCUCUUAUUGUGGCUUCGACCGUCCAGAUUGUUCUUGGCUUCAGUGGUCUUUGGCGCAAUAUAGUGAGGUUCUUAAGUCCUCUCUCUGCUGUUCCCUUGGUUGCUCUAUCAGGCUUUGGCCUGUAUGAGUUGGGUUUUCCUGUGCUUGCAAAAUGUGUGGAGAUUGGGCUGCCAGAAAUCGUCAUGCUUUUAAUAUUUUCACAGUACAUUCCUCAUAUAAUGAAAGGAGACAGGCCUAUAUUCGAUCGGUUUGCAGUUAUAUUCUCAGUGGCUAUUGUGUGGGUUUAUGCUCAUCUCCUCACUGUGGGAGGAGCCUAUAAAAAUGCAGCACCUAGAACUCAAAUGACAUGCAGAACUGAUCGUGCUGGAAUUAUCAGUGGUUCCCCUUGGAUCAGAGUCCCAUAUCCUUUUCAAUGGGGGGCUCCUACAUUUGAUGCUGGAGAAACUUUUGCUAUGAUGGCUACUGUAUUUGUUGCUUUAGUGGAGUCCACUGGUGCUUUUAUCGCUGCGUCGAGGUAUGCGAGUGCAACUCCCAUACCACCUUCAAUUCUCAGCCGCGGUGUAGGUUGGCAGGGAGUGGGAAUUUUGUUAUCUGGGAUCUUUGGGACCGGGAAUGGAUCAUCAGUUUCUGUGGAGAAUGCUGGACUUCUGGCUCUGACACGCGUUGGUAGCCGAAGGGUGGCUCAAAUAGCAGCUGGAUUCAUGAUUUUUUUCUCAAUACUUGGAAAAUUUGGAGCCGUCUUUGCUUCAAUCCCAGCACCAAUUAUUGCAGCUUUGUACUGCCUUUUCUUUGCCUAUGUGGGUUCUGCAGGCCUCGAUUUCCUUCAGUUUUGCAACUUAAACAGCUUCAGAACUAAAUUCAUCUUGGGUUUUUCUGUUUUCAUGGGCUUGUCUGUUCCUCAGUACUUCAAUGAGUACACAGCAUUAAAGGGCUAUGGUCCUGUCCACUCUCAUGCUAGAUGGUUCAACGACAUGAUCAACGUGCCAUUCUCAUCAGAAGCAUUUGUCGCUGGUAUGCUGGCACUGUUCUUGGACGUGACACUGCACAAGAAGGACAAUCAGACUCGGAAGGACAGAGGGAUGCACUGGUGGGACAAAUUCAGAUCAUACAAGACUGAUACGAGGAGUGAGGAAUUUUAUUCUCUUCCUUUCAAUCUCAACAAGUUUUUCCCAUCCGUUUGAUUCACAACUUCCUUGGUGUUGGUGAAGUUAUAGAAAGUUAUUAUGUAAGCCCGCUACAAUCUCUUUCUCAUUGCGGGCCUUUCUGCAUGAGUCCUAGCCCAGAAGUUGACCAAUGUCUUCAUUCUUAACUAUAUAAUCCAAUGUAUCAGAAUAUGAUUACCUUCGUUUUGCCCUCUCCAGUAAUUUGCUUUGAUGCUGCUUUCUGAAA